GAGACGCGUGGGGCCCGGCGGCGAGCGGGGGCGCGCGACGGUUACUCUGGUUACUGGGGCCGCGCAGCGCUGGGGAGAGCCGCCGCCUGCGAGGGAUGCUGGUGAGGAGGCCGUCGGGAGCCGCCGCCGCCGUCUGAGGGAGGUACCCUGGAAACCGCCUUUCAUAGGUGGGGAAGCGCAGUCGCGGUGGGCGCGUCUAGGGGGCCAGCGAAGCGGGAGGCCUCUAAGUCGCGAGGUUGGGGCUGCACUGCCCUGGAGCCGCACUCUUGAGUCCGAGGCCAUCUUUUGUUGGAGAAGGCGUCGGCGUUUUUUCGAGGUUGGGCUGUACAGUGUCUCCGUCCGCGGAAAAAGAAGCCUCUGAGCCCGCGCCGGCCCGCAGUCCCCGUGCCUUCCGGCCGCUGCUCGCCAUCGCUGUCGCCAGAGGCGAGGCCACGUUUCCCCCAGUGCCGAGGUGUCUUUGUGAUCCUCGCUCCACUCCCAUUCCCUUCUGAAAGGGCACCUGCUCUUGGUGAGAAAAGAAAUUAUAGCACGAAGAGCCAGUAUCAGAAGAGUAUCCAUCACCCGCAGCAACCGCUCAGGGAACACCAUCAAAAAAGAAAAAAAGGGCAUAUCUGGAUUGCCUGGGCGAGGAGGAGCAAGUCUGCUCGGGAGCUGUUGCAGCAGGCGAUUUUUAAAUACUGCUUUCUACGUCCUAUACAACUUGGCUUCACAUACUUUUACACUAACUUUAUAUGAUUUUUAAAAACUGGUCUGAUCGGACUUCUCGUCCUGGGACACUGUUUACUGGAGUCUGGCCGGCUUCCCGUGCUCCUCUUGGUACCGCAUUUUGGGGAGAACCUUAAACCCACCCGAGCAGAGAAUCUCCGCCUUGACCGGUGCCAUCAAAGAAGCCUUGGAACCAUGUGGACUUUUCUGGGCAUUGCCACUUUCACCUAUUUUUAUAAGAAGUUCGGGGACUUCAUCACUUUGGCCAACAGGGAGGUCCUGUUGUGCGUGCUGGUGUUCCUCUCGCUGGGCCUGGUGCUCUCCUACCGCUGUCGCCACCGAAACGGAGGUCUCCUCGGGCGCCAGCAGAGCGGCUCCCAGUUCGCCCUCUUCUCGGAUAUUCUCUCAGGCCUGCCUUUCAUUGGCUUCUUCUGGGCCAAGUCCCCCCCUGAAUCAGAAAAUAAGGAGCAGCUCGAGGCCAGGAGGCGCAGAAAAGGAACCAAUAUUUCAGAAACAAGCUUAAUAGGAGCAGCUGCCUGUACAUCAACAUCUUCUCAGAAUGACCCGGAAGUUAUCAUCGUGGGAGCUGGCGUGCUUGGCUCUGCUUUGGCAGCCGUGCUUUCCAGAGAUGGAAGAAAGGUGGCAGUCAUCGAGAGAGACUUAAAAGAGCCUGACAGAAUAGUUGGAGAAUUCCUGCAGCCGGGUGGUUAUCAUGUUCUCAAAGACCUUGGUCUUGGAGAUACAGUGGAAGGUCUUGAUGCCCAGGUUGUAAAUGGUUACAUGAUUCAUGAUCAGGAAGCCAAAUCAGAGGUUCAGAUUCCUUACCCCCUGUCAGAAAACAAUCAAGUGCAGAGUGGAAGAGCUUUCCAUCACGGAAGAUUCAUCAUGAGUCUCCGGAAAGCAGCUAUGGCAGAGCCCAAUGCAAAGUUUAUUGAAGGUGUUGUGUUACAGUUAUUAGAGGAAGAUGAUAUUGUGAUGGGAGUUCAGUACAAGGAUAAAGAGACUGGAGAUAUCAAGGAACUCCAUGCUCCAUUGACUGUUGUUGCAGAUGGGCUUUUCUCCAAGUUCAGGAAAAGCCUGGUCUCCAAUAAAGUUUCUGUAUCAUCUCAUUUUGUUGGCUUUCUUAUGAAGAAUGCACCACAGUUUAAAGCAAAUCAUGCUGAACUUAUUUUAGCUAACCCGAGUCCAGUUCUCAUCUACCAGAUUUCAUCCAGUGAAACUCGAGUACUUGUUGAUGUUAGAGGAGAAAUGCCAAGGAAUUUAAGAGAAUACAUGGUUGAAAAAAUUUACCCACAAAUACCUGAUCACCUGAAAGAACCAUUCUUAGAAGCCACUGACAAUUCUCGUCUGAGGUCCAUGCCAGCAAGCUUCCUUCCUCCUUCAUCAGUGAAGAAACGAGGUGUUCUUCUUUUGGGAGAUGCAUAUAAUAUGAGGCAUCCACUUACUGGUGGAGGAAUGACUGUUGCUUUUAAAGAUAUAAAACUAUGGAGAAAACUGCUAAAGGGUAUCCCUGACCUUUAUGAUGAUGCCGCUAUUUUCGAGGCCAAAAAAUCAUUUUACUGGGCAAGAAAAACAUCUCAUUCCUUUGUCGUGAAUAUCCUUGCUCAGGCUCUUUAUGAAUUAUUUUCUGCCACAGAUGAUUCCCUGCAUCAACUAAGAAAAGCCUGUUUUCUUUAUUUCAAACUUGGUGGCGAAUGUGUUGCGGGUCCUGUUGGGCUGCUUUCUGUAUUGUCUCCUAACCCUCUAGUUUUAAUUGGACACUUCUUUGCUGUUGCAAUCUAUGCCGUGUAUUUUUGCUUUAAGUCGGAACCUUGGAUUACAAAACCUCGAGCCCUUCUCAGUAGUGGUGCUGUAUUGUACAAAGCGUGUUCUGUAAUAUUUCCUCUAAUUUACUCAGAAAUGAAGUAUAUGGUUCAUUAAGCUUAAAGGGGAACCAUUUGUGAAUGAUAUUUGGAACUUACCAAGUCCUAAGAGACUUUUGGAAGAGGAUGUAUAUAGCAUAGUACCAUACCACUUAUAAAGUGGAAACUCUUGGACCAAGAUUUGGAUUAAUUUGUUUUUGAAGUUUUUUGUAUAUAAAUAUGUAAAUACAUGCUUUAAUUUGCAAUUUAAAAUGAAGGGGUUAAAUAAGUUAGACAUUUAAAAGAAAUGAUAUCAUAAAUUAGUGCUAAUACUGAGGAAAACUACAGUUUUUCUUUUGAAUUUAGUAUUUGAGAUGAGUUGUUGGGACAUGCAAAUAAAAUGAAGAAUGAA